AUGGAUGAAUCAUUGUUGAGCAUGAUGGAGGUAAGGGAAGAUUUAAUGGUUUCACCUAUUGGAGACAGUGAACCAGCUUUGAGAAGUGCCUAUUUUCUGAAACCCAUUGCAAAAUCCCUUGAUGGACCAGUUUCUAAGGUUCUUUCAUCUUCUAUGACUAUGUCACUGCCACCCGUGUUUGAACCAAAGGACUGGCCUUUGGUGAUCCAUUUCGACUGGUGGCGCCACACAAAGAAGAAAUGGGUUGAAUGGGUGGAUGCCCUUCAACUCAGGUAUAAAUCAGUGUGGAAGAAAGUUGGCAUCUUUGAAGCCAUAAUGAGCACCAAGUGUUCCAUAGCGAAAGAUCAGAACUUGUGUUUUGGGAUCGCUGAGAAGUGGUGUGCUGAGACAAAUACCUUAUUGUUUCCAUGGGGCAAGGCAACCAUCACAUUGGAGGAUGUGAUGGUGUUGGGGGGUUACCCUGUUAGAACAACACUUCAAAGCCAUGAAAUGAGAGAGGCGGAGAAGAAAUUGAUUCUUGCAAGAGAACAACUUUGGAGGAGGACAAAAGCUAAGGCUUCUUUAUCUGCAUGGAUGGAUGCUUUUGUCAAUAGUGGGAGUGAAGUUGAGCAUGAAGCAUUCCUUGCAACUUGGUUGUCAAUGAUUGGUUUUUCUUCCAAAGGUUUGGUGAGUACGUUGGUUUUCCCUAUAGCUGUUCAUCUUGCUAGAGGGAAUCCCAUUGCUUUGGGACCAGCAGUUUUGGCCAUCAUAUAUAAGGAUUUGACUUUGUUGAAGAACUCAAUAGUCGGUAUGACAAAACAACUAGUACUUGGUGAUAAAUUGGAAUUGGAGGUUACUCUUCAGUCACCUUUUUACUUGGUCCAAAUUUGGGUGUGGGAGAGGUUCAAGAAUUUGCAACCACAGCCCAGGUUGAUCAACCAUGAAGAUCCUAUGAUGUUUAGGUGGUACAAGGUUAAGGCCUUGAAAAUUGACAAUGUGAGAUUGGCACUAGAGUCGGCUAUGGAGCAUUUUUGUUGGCGCCCUUAUGUUCAAUAUGCCGGUAAGUUCAAGGUGUUUUAUCCAGAAAAUGAAACUUUGGUACUAAUUGAUACAGAUUUGGAUAAAGAACCUACGGGACUACUAGUAUCUUUUGCUACAUGCUUGAGAGUUUCUCUGCUUGUUGGUAUUCAGUCUACUAUAAAGAAGUACCUGCCACAUAGAGUUGCUAUGCAAUUUGGAAUGGAUCAAGAUGUUCCAAGUUGCUUGCCUAGAUUUGAUGGGACUAAAGACUUUGCUUGGAAAAAUUACUGCAGGCCCAUAUCUGAUAGGAGUUUGUAUUUUCCUGCUAGGCUUUUUGAGGGUGAUAUUACCACACGUUAUGCAAAGUGGUGGAAGCGAUCUCUAAUGGGUCAUCAGGAUUUUGCAAAGAAUAUGGGUCAUCAGGAUUUUGCAAAGAAUAUGGGUCAUCAGGAUUUUGCAAAGAAUAUUGUGCGACGAAAAAGAAGUCCAAGGUCACCUCAAGUAUCAAAAGCAAACAAAAAUGGGAAUGUUGAUGAUGAUUCAAAUGCUAGGAAACGUAAUAGUGAUGUUGAUGCACCUUCUGGUUUUCUUCUUAAACGUUUGAAAACUGUUUCUUCUGGAAAUUCUGCUCAAGAUGGUACGAUAGCUAAUGAAAGUAUUGAUGCUUAUGUUCCAACAUGUAAGAAUUUGUCCAACCCAAGUUCUUCAGCCUCUACUGCAGAAUAUGAAAAUGUUAAAAGGAUAUCACCACUGACAAAACUGCUUGCAAAAGAUACGGUUGAACCAUUGAUGGGGCGUUUGGAGGAAGAUUUUGAAGAUGCGAAUGGGAGCAAAGAAUCAAGGCUGUCUAAGAAUCAACAGACUUGA